AUGGUAACUUUUAUGGAUCUAAAGAAGUACCACUUCUACUACUGGUUUUGCUUCCCUGCUCUCUGCCUUCCAGAUAGUAUACCCCUCAUUCAGGGGCCAGUGGGCUUGGAUCAAAGGUUUUCACCAAAACAGAUUCAAGCCCUUGGGUGUGCAUAUGAUGCUCUUUGUCAAACAGAAGGAGUCCCAGCACUACCUUACUUCUUAAUCAAGUAUGAUGAGAACAUGGUGCUGGUUUCCCUGCUUAAACACUACAGUGAUUUCUUCCAAGACCAAAGGACAAAGAUAACAAUUGGUGUAUAUGAUCCCUGUAACUUAGCCCAGCAUCCUGGAUGGCCUUUGAGGAAUCUUUUGGUCCUAGCAGCCCACCGAUGGAGUAGCAGUUUCCAGUCUGUUGAAGUCCUCUGCUUCCGGGACCGCACCAUGCAGGGGGUGAGAGACAUUGCCCACAGCAUCAUCUUCGAAGUGAAGCUUCCAGAAAUGGCAUUUAGCCCAGAUUGUCCCAAAGCAGUUGGAUGGGAAAAAAACCAGAAAGGCGGCAUGGGACCGAGGAUGGUGAACCUCAGUGAAUGUAUGGACCCUAAAAGGUUAGCUGAGUCAUCAGUGGAUUUAAAUCUCAAAUUGAUGUGUUGGAGAUUGGUCCCCACUUUGGACUUAGACAAGGUUGUGUCUGUGAAGUGUCUGCUGCUUGGAGCUGGCACCUUGGGUUGUAAUGUAGCUAGGACAUUGAUGGGUUGGGGCGUCAGACACAUCACAUUUGUGGACAAUGCCAAUAUCUCCUACUCCAAUCCUGUGAGGCAGCCUCUCUAUGAAUUUGAAGAUUGCCUCGCAGGUGGUAAGCCCAAGGCCCUGGCUGCAGCAGACCGGCUUCAGAAAAUAUUCCCCGGAGUGGGCACGGGGAUGGCACUUGAUAGUGCUCUCCUCCCUCCCUUCCUGUUUUCCACAUUACUCCAGGACAUGCCUUCCCGCACAGCUUGCAAGGAGAGGAGGGAGCAGCUGUUUAUGCGAAAGGGAAAAAGGAGAGGGAUCCGGGGAUUUCUGUCACGGUUUGAUAAUGUCCUUCCUGUCAGUCUGGCGUUUGACAAAUGUACAGCUUGUUCUUCCAAAGUUCUUGAUCAGUAUGAACGAGAAGGAUUUAACUUCCUAGCGAAGGUGUUUAAUUCUUCACAUUCCUUCUUAGAAGACUUGACUGGUCUCACUUUGCUGCAUCAAGAGACCCAAGCUGCUGAGAAAUCAGUGGGUAGGACUACCAUCCAGAGCAUUCAAAAUGCUGGAAAGAAAGCACAUGAUGUGGUGUGGUAAGAUCUGGAAUUGACUCCUGGCUAUACUCUGUGUGACUUCAGCAAAGUCACCUAACCUCUUUGAGAAUAAGAUAGGGGCAAUAAUAAUCACAGGGUGAUAAUAGAUAUCAGGCAAAAUAAUGUAUAUGGGAAUGCCUGUUAACUAGAAAAUUCCUGUUACAAUUCUUGGUUUUAAUUAGUUUCUUUUUUUUUUUCUUCUUUAUGUAUUGACUUUGUACAAGUGUACCUUCUAUCCCUGGUAUGUUACUAUUAUUAUUGACUCUAGGAAGGGUUGUGUAUUAGUUAAGGUAUAGGAUGAAGUGCUAUAACAGGGA